UGUGACAACACAGCCCCUUUCCCGACUCCCAGGGGUCUGAACACCUGACUUAGGCUUCUCAAGAACAAUGAAGUGAUAAAGUGAUUUAAACCUGAUCAGAGAUGAGCAAUCCUGGAGACUCAAGCAGAAGGAAAAAAAAAACCCCAAGUUGAGACAGGAAGCUGGUUCAGGAACUUGUCAGCAGAGGCAGCACUGCUAUCAGAGCUUCUGCCUCUCCAGGGUUACAGUAAGCAGCUGCCCUGCCGAGCUCCCAGCCAGGGAAGCACCUGUCCUUCUCUUUGCUGGCUGAUGGAUCCCGACGGAUCCCUUUCCUUGAGAAUACUUCUGUUUUUCUCCCUGGCUUUUGAGUUGAGCUACGGAACAGGUGGAAAUGUGAUGGAUUGCACAGUGAUUCUCCAGAAGCUGGGACAUGACACAUGGCUGUCUCUGAUCAAUGAACAUCAGAUAAACAAGAGCGUGAACAAAAGUAUCCGCAUCCUUGUCAUGAUGCCAACGUCUCCAGGAAGCAAAACCAACAGGAAAAUAGUGUCCUUUGAUCUCUCUAAAGGGGGCUCUCCAGAUCAUCUGGAGGAUGGCUACCAGUUUCAGUCAAAAAACCUGAGCCUGAAGAUCCUAGGGGACAGGCGGGAGAAUGAAGGAGUGUACUUUGUGAGCGUGGAGGAGAAUGUGUCUGUUCAGCAAUUCUGCAUACAGCUGAAGCUUUAUGAGCAGGUCUCCACUCCAGAGAUUAAAGUGCUAAACAAAACCCAGGAGAACGAGAAUGGGACCUGCAGCUUGCUGUUAGCCUGCACAGUGAAGAAAGGGGAUCAUGUGGCUUACAGCUGGAGUGAUGAGGCAGGCACACACCUGCUGAGCCCAGCCAACCGCUCCCACCUCCUGAACAUCACGCUUAGCGACCAGCACCAAGAUAGCAUCUACAACUGCACCGCAAGCAACCCUGUCAGCAGUCUCUCUAAGACCUUCGACCUACGGCAAGAAUGCUGGCCAAAAUCCUUCUCAGAACGGAGUCAGUGGAUACCAUAUACAACUGCACCAUUGGGGGUCAUUAUAAUCAUCAUCCUGGUUUCCACGGCAAUAAUAAUGGUGAAAAGACAAGGUAAACCAAAUAACUGCCAGCCACCAAAGGAAGAAAAAAGCUUGACUAUUUAUGCCCAAGUACAAAAGUCAGGGCCUCUAGAGAAGAAACUCCAAGAUGCUUUGACAGAUCAGGACCCCUGCACGACCAUUUAUGUGGCUGCCACAGAGCCUGCCCCAGAGUCUGUCCAGGAACCAAACCCCACCACAGUUUAUGUCAGCGUGACACUGCCUGAGAGCUGACCCAUAGACCCAGAGGAAGGACUUUUUGAAGGAGGAUAGAAGAACCAAAGGACACACUGAACCGGGCCCCAGGUCCCAAGUUCUCUGUGGCAGAAACUGCACAUCUGUACCCUUCUCCAAUCAGUUCUCUGGUGAUGGAUCUGCACAGGCGUGCCUGUGAGGUAGAUGAGGAAGUGAGGCUUUCUGAGCAUGUAGCCUGCUCUGCAGCUGACAGACACGAAGCAGAGAUCCCCUGAUACAACAUUCCAUCUUUGGUGUAGCAGAUAAUGUGAGUUUAGGCAUCUCACUCUUUGCUGGGCUAGAUAACAGAACCCAAAAAAACAACAACGACAACAACAACAACAACGACAACAACAACAACAAUGACAACAACAAACCAAGACAUAGA